CUUUGCUCUCGAUGCAAUGUCUUGCUCUCGUGUCAGGAUUUUGCUCUCGCUGUGAAAAUAAUGUCAUGGGCGGGGCCACGUUCCUAUUGGCCAGUCGGGUGAGCACCGUCUUGUCUUGGGAGUCGAACUGAAUCAUUACACCAUUGUCGAUUCAACGGCCAUGGAUUAGUGAUGAUCAUGCACAAUUUAUCUGGAGGGUGGCGGUAGUGCGCUAAGUUAGUCCGCAUCCGCUGUUAAACAAGCAACUGAAGAAGAGUAGAAGAACGGCCAUAGAUGCGCUUGCCUUAGUUGAGCGUGGAGACUCUAAUGUUUGGGUCCUUCCCUGGAUUUUUCCGGAAUGGUAGAAAACGGCCAUUAACCAGUGUAUCAUGUCGCUUCGCGUCAAUGAGUAAAACAAAAUGGAAACCUUUUGAUUUGAGUAUUUUUUUACUUUCGUCCAAUGACGAAUUGACUCCACUUCCAUCAAAUGAACUGGCCUUCAUGCAGGCUGGAUUGGGAAAGAGGACGGUUUCUCUUGACAGUGAUCUAACACAUGUAGAGUUGUCAAGGCUAUUGCAGGCCACCUACCCAAAAAUGGUGGAGCUGCAGGACCGGUGGCUGCUUUACAAAGCAGGAGGUGGAAAUGGGAGGAGAAAAAUGUCCGCAAUCCCCUUGGAGGCUGAGGGCUACACUGGUGCUAUGCUCCGGAAAGUUUCAGGUGGUGGAAAAUCCACUCUUUACAUAGUGCCUCUUCAGGAUGAGUUGGACCUCUCGCCACUCCCAGCAAACGCUCCAGAGUUUGCUUUGAUGCCCAAGGCCAGCUGCAAGCACUGUUUUGCAGAGAUGCCUCUCCAAAUGUUGGCUCUACAUGACCGUAAAUGUGCUAGCCACACAAGCCCAGACUUGGAGAUGAUCUCUGAUGAUGAUGACGACGACGAAGUCCAAUUUCCUGAAGUUUUGCAAACUCCGGUGCAUUCAACUGAAGAGGACCACUGCCGUCAGCAGGAAGAGGGUGUCCGGUGUCCUAUAUGUGGCAUAUUCUUCCCCGUCCUGCUUAUUGAGGAACAUGCUAGCCAUUGUGGCCAAAGAACUGAGGACACAACCUCACCUGAGAGAGAACUCCAUACUGAGAUGGAUGAUAUCUCAUGUGAGGAAGAUGUGAUCAUGUGGCUCAAAUCAAAAGUGGAUACCAGCAAGACCUUUGAGCUCUGUGUGUCUCGAGAUAAUAUGCCGGUGGAAGUUAUAGCUUCCAUAACUUCGAAAGAGGUCUGA